GCGGACUCCCGUUUCGCCAACAUCCACACCGACCCCCGCUUCCGCCUGCCGUCUAAGAAGAACACCCGUGUCACCCUCGACAAGCGUUUUGCGCAUAUGCUCAAGGAUGACGACUUCUCCAAGAAGGCCACCGUCGACCGCUAUGGCCGCAAGGUUGCGAAAGAUGCUGGAAAGAAGGAACUGCAGCGCUUCUACCGCGUAGAGGACGAAGAUGAGGAGAAAGACAAGGAGGAGGAUGGGGAGGGAAGCGACGAGGCUGAUGACGACGACGAGAUCCAAAAAGAGCUCGCCAAGGCCGACAGGAAGUAUGAUCCUGCGCGCGAGGGCGGAUUCUCGUCUUCGGAGGAUGAGAGCGAUUCAGACGAGGAAGAGUCAGAAAUUGAGGUAGAGGAAGACGAGAUUGAGUUCCCGCAGGGCCAGGACGCAGACGUUCCCAUGGGCGAGGUGUCGGCGCGGCUGGCGGCGGUGAAUCUGGAUUGGGACAACAUACGCGCGGAGGAUCUGUUGGCCGUGGCAUCGAGCUUCGCGCCCGAAGGCGGGCGGAUCAUGAACGUGACGGUCUACCCCAGCGAGUUUGGCAGGGAACGCAUGGAGCGCGAAGAGCUAGAGGGACCGCCGCGGGAGAUCUUCAAGAAGAAGGCGCGCGCAUCCUCGCCUGGGACGUCCGACGAGGACGAGGAGGACGAGGAGAUCAAGAAGGACCUCCUGCAGGAAGACAAGGGUGAAGAGUUCGACUCGAAAGCACUGCGUCAGUACCAGCUCGAGCGUCUGCGCUACUACUAUGCGCUCAUCACGACCGACUCGCCCAACACGGCGCAGCACCUUUACGAGAACAUGGACGGGCGCGAGUACCUCUCCAGCGCCAACUUCUUCGACCUGCGCUUCGUUCCCGACUCGGUGUCUUUUGACGGCGACAAGCCGCGCGACCAGUGCACCCGCCUCCCGGACGGUUACCGCCCCAACGACUUCGUCACGGACGCGCUGACGCACUCGCGCGUCAAGCUGACCUGGGACGCCGAUGACACGACGCGCAAGGAGGUGCAGAAGCGCGCAUUCAGCCAAAAGGAGAUUGACGACAACGACAUGCAGGCCUACAUCGGCAGCGACAGCUCGUCGGACGAAGACGAGCCGGAAGAAGAGGUCGUCGAUGCCAGCAGCUCCGGCAAGAAGAAGGCAAAGGAGGACAAGGCAGCCAAGCUGCGCGCUGCGCUGGGCCUGUCGGCGGAGCUAUCGUCUGCUACGAAAAAGUCGAAGGACGACCGCCCCGUUGGCGACAUGCAGAUCACCUUCACCUCGGGCCUGAAUUCCAAGGCCAACGGCUCCGUCUUCGAAAAUGAGCCCGUCAUCGAGGAGACAACCAAGGAGAAGUACGUCCGCAAGGAAAAGGAACGCAAGCAGCGCCGCAAGGAGAAGAUGAGGGCCGCGCGCGGGGGCACCACCAAGCGCGCCGCCAAAGAAGCGCGCAAAGCCGAAAAGGCGCGCAAGCGCGAAGCCCGCGAAGCGCAAGCCGCGGCCGACGCGGCCGAGCGCGCGCAGCUCGAGCUGCUCAUGGCCGACGAGACGGGCGCGCCAGCGGGCCUGCGCCACUUCGACAUGGCCGAGAUUGAGAAGGCCGAGAAGGCCGCCAAGCGCAAGGGCAAGGGCCGCGGCAAGAAGAAGCACCAGAAGGGCGACGAGGGAGAGGAGCCGCGCCAGGCGGGCUUCGAGAUGGAUACCACCGACCCCCGUUUCGCGGCCCUGUUUGAGAGCCAUGAGUUUGCGAUUGAUCCGACGAACUCCAAGUUCAAGGGCACGGCGGGCAUGAAGGCGUUGUUGGAGGAGGGGAGGAAGAAGCGCAAGGCGCAGAGGGACGAUGGGGUCGAGGAGGUGAGGAGGCCGAAGAAGUCGAAGGCUGUUGAUGGGGGCGCUGCUGCGGGCGGUGGAGAGGAUAUCAAGAAGUUGGUGGAGAGGGUUAAGGGGAAGACGAAGAAGGUGAAGGCGUAA